CAAAUGUCCAAUUAUUGAUUCGGCGUCUGCUAUUCCCGUAGAAAAUAGCAAUAUUUUAUUUGGUGAAUCUGACUCAGAGGUAGUGCACUGCCAAUGCAAUUGCUUUCUUUACGAGUACCUUCCCGUACUAUUCCCAUUUCCUUACUAUUCCCGUUCCAACAUUCCUUCCCUGUCCCAAUCGCGUCAGUUUGGACUCAGCCCUGCCGCUGUCAAUAUUUGAUAUAUAAGACUCAGAUCUCAGCUGUCUGAAGCCUCAUGUAGGUUCUAUAUCGCCACCAUUCUUCAAGUCAUUACACCUUUACACUCCACUCUACACAUUACAAGUUCAACUUGUUCACGUCACUACUAUACUGGUAGUUGAUACUACUACUCCAAACACACAUACGUCAUGUCAACAAACAUGAUCGCGGCACGAGCGCCCAUGCUCACAGCACACGGGGCUAUGCUCCCCAGGAUGUCCAUGGCAACAUCAAGACUCUGCCUCACGCCAAUCUACAACACCAACGGGCGCACUCCCCAGCAGUCCCGCCACCUGAGUCUCGCAGCAAGGCCAGCCAGGCCAGUCCCGCACCACGCCGCCCGCCCAAGCCUCCAGCAACAACCCCUCUCAAAAAGGCAAUUCAGCACCACUACCCCGCCACAGCUCGAGGAGAAAUACUUCCCAGAGCCAAAACACCACCUCAUCCGCACUACGCACCCAGCAUGGGAGCACCCAGGAUUCACAGAGGAGCAGAUGAGGACCAACAUCCGCUUCGAGCACCGCAUUCCCGAGGACAUGUCGGACCGCUUCGCGCUCUUCCUCAUGCGCAUGUUGCGCAAAGGCACCGAUAUCGCCACGGGAUACUCCCACGACGUCACCGUCGCCGCUACAGCCUCCGACCCCACGGCGCUGGAGUCCACAAAGCCCUACAAGAUGUCGGAGCGCAAAUGGCUGAUCCGCUUCAUCUUCCUCGAGUCCGUGGCGGGCGUUCCCGGGAUGGUGGCGGGGAUGCUGAGACAUUUGAGGAGCUUGAGGAGGAUGCAGAGGGAUAACGGAUGGAUUGAGACGUUGCUUGAGGAGGCGUACAAUGAGCGCAUGCACCUCUUGACGUUCUUGAAGAUGGCGGAGCCGGGGUGGUUUAUGAAGUUGAUGUGUCUUGGUGCCCAGGGCGUUUUCUUCAACUCCAUGUUCCUGGCGUACCUUAUCAGUCCCCGCACCGCGCACAGAUUUGUUGGGUACCUCGAGGAAGAGGCGGUACUGACGUACUCGCUUGUGCUUGCCGACUUGGAGGCGGGGAAACUGCCAAAGUGGGAGGGCAUGCAGGCGCCUGAUAUUGCGAUUGAGUACUGGAAGAUGCCGGAGGGAAAGCGAACGGUGAAGGAUCUCAUCUUGUAUGUGCGCGCCGACGAGGCGAAGCAUAGGGAGGUGAAUCAUACGCUGGGAAAUCUGAAGCAGGAGGAGGAUCCGAAUCCAUUUGUGAGCACCUACUUUGAUGCGGGGAAGCCACAUCCAGGCAAGGGAAUUAAGAAGGGAGAAUAUAAGGGGACGGGGUGGGAGAGGGAUGAGGUUAUUUGAGGGGGGUUUCUUCAUCGUUUGAUGUCUUUUUUAUUCUUUAAGGGGAGUUAUUUGGGCGUUUCGGGACUGUUGGGCGAUGGGUAGACGGGGAUAUUGUCCCCAAUUCUCCUCUCUGGGAGUUUACGGGGUGGGAUUUGAUUGUAAGACAGCGUUUGUUUCUAGCUUUACAAAAAGAAAGACUGUGUAUCCACACUGCGCCGAAGAUGCGUAAAGGGGCUAUAGAUAGACUAUAGAUGUUUUUAGACGCAAGCC